UCAGAAUAAAACUUACCGAUGCUAAGAAGUAUUUGCUUUAUCAUUUUAUAGAGGCGCACAACCACGAUUUUGUGCAUGAAGAAGAUUUACAUCUUCUCAAGGAAAACAGGGGUAUUAAUCGUGCACACGAAGAGAUGAUAAACAAGAUGUCACAUCUCAACAUCGGGCCUGUUCGUGCAUUUAACAUUAUGAAGGAAGUGUAUGGUGGGUUCGACAAAGUCGGUGCUACCAAAGUCGAUUUUAAAAAUUUCAAGAAAGAGUUAAAUCUUUUUAUCGGAGAGUUUGAUGCGGAAAUGUUUGUCAAGCGUCUGAUGAGGAAAAAGGAGUUUUUACCGAACUUCUCUUGUGAAUAUGAAACCACAGACGAAGGUGUGUUGAAGUGCAUUUUUUGGGCCGACGAGGAUAUGAAGAGAAAUUAUUAUAUGUUUGGGGACGUUAUAUCAUUUGAUGCUACAUACAAGCGUAACAAGUAUAACAUGAUGUUUGUCCCUUUCACUGGGAUUGAUAAUCAUAAUAGGAACGUGACACUUGGUGCUGCAAUUCUCGGUUCGGAAACGGCAGAGACGUAUAGCUGGUUACUUAGGGCGACCAAGAACACAUUCGGGUACGCGCCUCUGUAA